AUGCAAUACAUGUCCACAUGGCCGGAGUAUAUGCAAGUUGCUGAGUCGCCUGUGCUGACGGUGUUUGCUUCAAAGGCGGACUCGGUACUAGGAGGUAGAAUUAUGGGUUACAUGAUCGCCAAGUCCGAAGGUUAUGGUGAAAAUUGGCACGGGCACGUCACUGCGCUUUCUGUUGCACCUGAGUACCGAAGAACGGGUCUCGCCAGUCGUCUCAUGCUUGGAUUCGAAGAUACCUCUGAGAGGCAGGUGAAGAAAUGCUACUUCGCUGACCUCUUCGUGCGUGCCUCCAAUGAGUUGGGACACUCGGUCUACACGAAGUUGGGGUACAUAAUCUACCGUCGGGUGCUUAACUACUACUCUGGCAACGACGACGGAGAAGACGCCUUUGAUAUGCGGAAAGCACUCUCAGCGGAUAAGAAGCGUCAAUCUGUUAAACCCUUGACUCGACCUGUCCAUGUUGAUGAGUUAGAGUUUGCCUGA